AUGACGGCCAUCGUCCCAUUUCUUUGUGUCGCCGUCGGAGUGGGAGGAUCGCUCGGGAGGAUUCUACUCAGCUGUGCAACCGAACCCUUACCACGAACGAAAGAAACCAACAAGAAGCUAAGCAGCAAAUUGUCAUUCGUGGGACAGGAAACAUUGAACACCAAUACCAAAAUCGCAUGGAGAAUUGUCGACCUGUCUGGCUCACCAAAACCGCAUGCAUCGAUAGCGCGGGUUGUCAACCUGCUUUGA